AUGCAUUCUAUAACUCUAGAAGCGCUCGUUGGGGACGAAACGUACGAGUUUCCGUCGUGCAGGAGCACGCUAGGCUUUGUUGUGAACGGGAAGACCAUCGCAGGCGCGGCAGACGGACCAAAUUGUUUGUCGAAAAAAGGCGAGUUCGGGGUUCGCCGAAAAAAGACAAGCUCGGAGUUCAUUGAAGAUGGUCGUUUGUCUUUCGCCGGAUUUCUUCACGACCAUAUUUCACCGGAUCUCUUCAUGCCCGUCAUGUCGGAUCGUGUGGAUGCUCGGAGGAAGGACAAAGAAGUUUUACCAGCGAGUUUGGGGGUGUCCCGUACUGAACCAGCAGGCUCCGUACUCCUGGAAGAAUUCAUUCUUUGGACCUGGGACAUUGCGGCUGAGGCUUGGGAAACAGAGAAAAAGAGAGAAACUGAUCGCAAGCAUUUUUGUUUUGUGGGGGAAGUAGAGACUUUAUGGGCAGUUUUUAUUUAUGCUAGUCCUAAUAAUUAUAUUAGGCAAUCCCAAUGGGAUCUGCUUCUCCAAAAUUCCAAUCAAUGGGGCAAAUACUGGUUUUUAGCUGGGGAUUUUAAUGAUAUUCUUAGCAAUGCAGAUAAGAAUGGUGGGGUGUUGAGAGGAGAGUCUAGUUUUGCUGUAUUUAGAGAUUUUGUAAGUAGACUGGGGGUGGUGGAGUGUAAGAGUAAGGGUCAUCAGUUUACUUGGUCAAACCAUAGACAGGGAGAAGAGUUCAUUGAGGAGAAAUUGGAUAGGGUUAUCAUGUCCCCUGAAUGGCUGUUUAAGUUCCCUAGCUCUGUUGUUUUUGAUGGAAUAUUAGCGUGA